CAUUAUAAUUCGAACGCGGCAAUGGUUAAAUCAAUUGACAAACUUUGAUUUUAAAGUCUUUUAACUUAAAUGUUUGCCUGCGUUCAAAAAUACAUUAUCAUAAUGACUAAAUUACCAGGCAAAUACUAAAAAAAUAAUUUUUUAAUAAACACCGAAUUAUGGCCGAAACUCGACGUUGAUUUUACAAGGUAACGAGCCGCAUCGCCUCCCCCUUCCGCUCCGCUCCGGCCCUGUUAGCCGGUCGUUUCAAUUAGCAAACCCAUAAAAAUAACCAGCCAAAAGAAUCCCAAAGCCAGCAAUCCGGUUUCCCCCUCGGCAAUUGGCGAUCGUCAGGUGGAGGCAGAGCUUUAAGCUUCGUGAGACGUCACACCUGGGAAGCGUCAAAGCCAAGAAUUUUUCGGAAUGCACAUCCGACUUGGCGACGUCAUAGAACAGGUGCGAACUCACCUGCAGUCCCCCGUCCAUCGUUUCUCCCCCUCUGCCUUCUGACGAUCCAAGCCGCGGAGUGAAUCACUGGACGAGAAAUGCCUAAAAGUGAAAAUUCCCAAAGCUCAGCUCCAAUCGAUGAGCGACUCAUCGGAGCAAUUAACCAGCGGCAAGCCGAAAUUACCACACUUGAGUGGUGCCCAUCGUGGUUCCAGUGGGUUUUUCUGCCUUUCUUGUGUCGGUUCCACUUGCUGCCCACUAGGAAAUUAUGCACACGCACCAAAAAGUGCACGAUCUGCAGCGAAAGGCCGCCAGAACCGAAGACUCUCUCCGCAGAAACCAGUUGGGAUCUCUUCUUGCGGAGUCUUAUCUGCGUUGGACCUCGCCAAGAUUUUCUCCUGGCUCGUGAGUAUGAGCCAUAAGUGAAACCAGUUUCUCAAUCCGCAAACAACGGAGUGCGAAGUGGGUGUUGCAGUCCGAGAUCUGUUUAUUUUUGCGCUGAUUAUAGAAGAAAUACGAGUGCCCAAGCUAUCUUUUCGUUUAUACGAAAUCUGAGGGGCAUGGAGUUUGCAUUUCUGGGGCUGCACCUCGAGAAUUUUCGCAACCCACAUAGAAUUUGAUUGCCCUUUGUCCGCCAAUUAGCUGUACUGUCGGCGCAAUUGACUCGCUUGUAAUUAAGAAAAACAAAAACCGAAAAAACGGCAAACAAAUGUUUAUGGCAUGACGGGGGAAGGGAGUCUCCGCAGUUGCCACAGCAACACCACCAGAAAUAAAAACAACUGCGGUACGAGGCACUCACGCACAAGCGUUAAACCGACGGACCGCAAGCUCUGCGAGAGAGAGAAGCAGCAAAUCACGGCCAGGUUGGGCGACUCACCAGCCUCGCUCGGUUAGUUAAGCGCGGUUUGUCAGCCGGUCGAGUCGAUCUGCUGUUCGGGCGGUACGUGAAUCCCAGCCAUGUCCAAGUACUCGAAGCUGGCCCGCGGGCUCUGCGACCUGCUGAUCUGGGUGGCCCUCAGCGUGGCCAGCGUGCUUCUCCACAAGCUAGUGCGUCCCUUCCGACGCGGCUUCUUUUGCGGCGACGAGUCCCUGAGCUAUCCGUACCGCGACAGUACCAUUGGCCACGAACUGAUCAUCGCCAUCGCCCUGGGCGUGCCCACCGCCGUGAUCGCGGUGGUUGAGCUCUUCAAGCAACUUCCCGCCGGACCGCUGCGGGAGUCGGGCGGAAAGAAGGACUCCGGCUGCCGGAUUGCCCACCGACUGGGCCACCUAUACAGGCAGGCCAUCUUCUACCUCUACGGCCUGGCUAUGGUCACGUUCACCAUGAUGCUCUCGAAGCUUUGUAUCGGUCGUCUGCGUCCACACUUCUUUGCCGUUUGCCAGCCCAUGUUGCCGGAUGGGAGCAGCUGCCAGGACGCACAGAACUUGGGUCGCUAUAUCGACAGCUUUACGUGCAGCAACGCCAACAUGACCGACUUCCAGUUCAAGCAGCUCAACCAGUCCUUCCCCAGCGGACAUGCCAGCAUGGCCAUGUAUGCGAUGCUCUACCUGGCCAUCUACCUGCAGGCAGCGCUCAGCACGCGAGUUUCCAAGCUGCUGAAGCACCUGCUGCAGUUCCUUUUCGUGAUGUUCGGCUGGUACGUCUCGCUGACUAGGAUAACCGACUACUUCCACCACUGGAGCGAUGUCCUGGCGGGGGCGGUAUUGGGCGCGCUGUUCGCCUGGUUGACCAGUGCCUACAUAGCCGACCUGUUCGCCGGCAGGCGCUGGCCCAAAACUGGCUACUCGGCCAACACGUUGCGCAAGCCGCAGGUGUCCCCCAAGAGCUCCACCAAGUCCCAGGCGGGAGCAUCUACUGCAGGAGUAGGUCAACCGCCCGCCCUGCCCGCCUACACCUUCGGAACGCUACCCUACCUGGCUCACCCGGCACAGGCGCAGGCGCAGUACGCCCAAACCUAUCACAACUACGGCUACGUGCCCUGAGGUCUCUUCCGGACUUCACUAGCAAAACCUAGCUUAGAUAUCCCACAAACACACAAAAACCCUCACACUCAACUCACAAACAAAGACCUGUCCGGGAUUCCUGUUUGGUUGUCUGUAUUCUAGCAAAUAAAUAUUCAAGUACGAUCGGA